AGCACUGCGGGCCCGCGGCUCGGGCGGCUCCGGCGGCUCCGGCGGCUCUCACUCGCUGUUCGAUCUGAGUGUCUGCCCGCGCUAGCGGGGCCGCAUUGCCGCUUGGCUUGGCCCAUGCCCGCUGCUCCCUCCUCCAGCGCCCGGGGGCUGCAGAGGUUGUGAGGUGGGGGAGGCCGCAUAAGGCGGCGAGAUCGGCCGCCGGGGCAGGGUCCGGGGACGCAGCGCGGCGGGCGUAGGUCUAUGUCGCGGGCGGUGGCGGCGGCGACGGCCGCGGAGGGACGAUGCGCGAGUACAAAGUGGUGGUGCUGGGCUCGGGCGGGGUCGGCAAAUCCGCCCUGACUGUGCAGUUCGUGACCGGCACCUUCAUCGAGAAAUACGACCCUACUAUCGAGGACUUCUACCGCAAGGAGAUCGAGGUGGACUCCUCGCCGUCGGUGCUGGAGAUCCUGGACACCGCGGGCACUGAGCAGUUCGCGUCCAUGCGGGACCUGUACAUCAAGAACGGCCAGGGCUUCAUCCUUGUCUACAGCCUCGUCAACCAGCAGAGCUUCCAGGACAUCAAGCCCAUGCGGGACCAGAUCAUCCGAGUGAAGCGGUAUGAGAAGGUGCCGGUCAUCCUGGUCGGGAACAAGGUGGACCUGGAGAGUGAGAGAGAAGUGUCGUCCAACGAAGGCAGAGCCCUGGCCGAGGAGUGGGGCUGCCCCUUCAUGGAGACCUCCGCCAAGAGUAAAACAAUGGUGGAUGAGCUCUUUGCAGAAAUCGUGAGGCAGAUGAACUACGCCGCGCAGCCUGACAAAGACGACCCGUGCUGUUCUGCGUGUAACAUCCAAUAGCACUGGGAACAGGCUCCCGCAAGGGAUCCGCCCCACGUCGCGGGCGGCACAAACCCGUCUGCUCCACCGUGGAGUCGGCAGGCUGUGCGGCACGAGUCUGCCGUGAAACAGCAGCCCUCACCCCAGGACUCGGCGCUGAUCAUCCAUCGACGUCCCCGAGUAACCUUUGGGCUCCGUAACUACAGUUUUCGCCGUUGUCCUCAGUCUCCUGGACGCAACUGCAACUUCCAGGCACAGCGGAUCCAUCUGCAGGGCGGUCGCCUGUGAAUGGCGUUGUUGCCGAGCUGACCGAAGCAACUCUUGUGUAAAUUUAAAAAUAACCGUGAGAGAGAGACCAGAAGAAUUCCUAUGACCACUACAAUUAAAAUAUUUUAUCUUCUUUAAAAAAAUAAGUAAAGGAGAAAUAUUUUCCUACGAGAGUACUGACUUUCAGGAGUGGAGAUGGCGCUUCUCCCCGCUGUAGUCCAUCGAGCACGACAACAGCGGACCUGCCCAAUUGUAGAUGUUGCCCUGAUCCGUGACACUGAACCGACUCCUGCAUCCAUCCUCGGUAGAGCAGAAGUCAAAACAGGCUGUGUACAAAUACAGCCUGGCUUUAGAAUGUGUAAAAUUACCUGCUUUGCCACACAAAACGGAGGCCCUCGCUAGGGUUCGAUCCGAAUUCAGACCCCAAGCCCACCCUCUCUGUUAACCAGGCGGGGUGGUCGUUAGUACAUCGCUGAACGGGAAGGAAGCGCCCGGGAGGCGGAGCUGGCCCAGCCGCACCGACAAGACGCGUUCUAGUCGUGGGCUCACUAGCGCCACCACGUAAGGAAGACGAAGCCAUGUCGCGCCCACAGGUCCCCGUGUGCAGAGACCUCGCAGGACGGUACAAACAAACACCUUGCGUGUUUCCAUUUGUUAAAGCAGCAAAAUCCUUUCUUGCCUCUAAGGGCUAUGGUUGUGGUGUGAUGCUUGGUUCACCUGCUUCAGAGUCAGAUUUGCUGUAGCAGAGCUUUACUGCAGGCAUUUAAAAAGAUUGAAUAACCAUGUGAAAUCAUUUGGGCUUAAAAGUAGAACAUAAAUUAUAGAGUGGAAGGUAAGGGACAAAAAAAAUCUUUUAUCUUUAAUUUUCCUGGAGAAGUACAUAAAGAUUUUCUUGUACCAAUUUUGCCCUGAUUACUGAAGUGGCAAAUAAAGCUAGAGAAUAUUUUGUUUUGAAAAGGUGCUCAAGCUCUGAAAUUUCCGGUUUCCAUAGCUGCAGGGUAUUUGUCAUUUGCAUGACUGACGGCCCAGGAGGAACCUAUGCAUAAGUUUUACAAUCAAGCAUAGAAGGGUUUUUAACUAACUCCAGAGUUCCAAAUGCUAAAGAGAAUAGUACCUGGAGCCGAUUCUCUGGAGAUAAACUUGGCCUUCAGAACUGCAAUAUCCCUGAGCCUGGGGCCUACAUGCCGCGCCCACAUGCUGUUGGCUUCAUACUCUUGUGCAAGUAGCCUCUGGUCUUACGUGUGUAACUGAGAGAAUAGUGUGUUUGUGUGUGCAUGUGUGUAUUGUUCCUAAGAACUUGGCACAAGUCAGAAAUAAUUGCCUAUCCUGAGAAUCUGUGUUGCAGAAUAUAGUGUAUCAAAAGCAUCUUUUUGUUUUAAAUUAUUUGUUAUACAUCAUUGAAAUCAUUGGUAGCCUCUCCUCCCCGGGACCCCAAGUGUUUUGUAAACUGGUGUUACGCUUAAAGGUGGAUGGGAACUUCUCAUAGAUGAGAAAACAGGUGUGUGGGUACAACCAGGCCAUGGUGGUCAGAAGUCUUUGAAUUGUGAAUAUUUGCAUUCUUCUGUGUAAGUUUUUUUAAGCCCAAUUAUGAAGCUCCUUGUUUAUAGAACAAAAACUUCUAACCAGUUUGACUGAAACAGAUUUCGUUGUGUACAAGUUGAUUUGACUCAAUGUGUAGAGCUAUCAAAGGUUCAGAAAGUAUGACUUACCUCCUGAAAUAGAAAACUUUGUUAGUGAGUUGGUUGAAUUUUGAAGCCUCUCACUUCUCAGAAUGAUUCUGUUUUUUAGAAUGCCGUACUUAAUAGCAAUUUAUGACAACUAAGAUUACAUAUUACAAACAUCUACUAAACUCUAGUCUCAUAAUGGAUUGCUAUGCAGACGAGAAAAAUAAGUUUAACAAUAGGAAAGGUAUGGCAAGAUGUGAGGUUGACGAGAUCCUCUGAAAAUUGGGGUUUUAGUUAGACGCGUUGGUCAGACUGAAGGUGGGCGUUUCCUGCAAAGAUGUUCCAACAACAGACUGGGCCGCCUGAUCAGUGUUUCCCACACAUUUAGCGACAAGACAUCCAAGACACCCAGACCCGGGGAAAUGCUAGUGUGCUCCUACUGUUGGUAUUUCGCCCAGUAUGACUAGAACUCAGUGUGAAUGAGUGUGUCUGUGGAGAUGUUAAUAAAAAGCUUAAAAACCGGAAGAUUACAUUUGUUGGCACAUGAAGUAAUAGCGGCUACAGAGAAAAGCCAGUGACUUUGUGCCGCUGUUUAUUUUAUGCCCUGAUCAGACUAGCAACUAGAUAUGUGGAAGUUUUUCUGACAUGCCUUAAAAAAUUAUGGUUUGAUCCAAAGACCCGCUUUUUUUUUAGCUAUUAUGAUAAGGUUUUUUGUUUUGUUUUACUUUUAUACAAAGGUGGCAUUUGUUAGAGUUUGUUUUUUUCUUUUAUGUUGCAACUUUUUAGGGUUCUUUUAAGCUGUGAUAGCGGUGGGAACUGAUGCUUUUCACUUUGUUCAACGUGCACAAAACAAGCCAGCAUCUGGUCAAAAGUAUUACAUAUAGUCUUUCUCACACUGUUGAAAGGUGCUUUGAUGACUUUCUCCCGGGGUUUGCAGCAUCAGGACUGAACUUGACUCUCAUCAGGACAGUUGCCAUCACCCUUCUGUGGUAAAACUACUGAGACUUGCUUUUCUUUAUUAAAAAUGUUGCCUUGGUGUCCGUCCACCCUUUUGUUUUCAAGAGCCGUCCAGUGCGAAUGUCGCCGGUUCAUGUGUGAAUGUGAAAGUGCUUGUUUUGUUUGUUUC